AUGGAGACCAAAGCAAAUGAAAGGGAACAGUGGAUCAAGAAAAGGGAAUAUAUUCUGGCAGCGGCAGGCAAUAUGAUAGGUCUGGGCAAUGUGUGGAGAUUUCCCUACCUUUGCUAUAAGAAUGGAGGAGGUGUCUUUUUGUUGCCCUAUAUCUUCUUUGCUGUUCUGUGUGGUGUGCCACUCUACUUGCUGGAGAAUACAAUCGGUCAGUUAACACAAGAGGGUGCCAUCACCUGCUGGAAAAAAGUCUGCCCAAUUGCAAAGGGAACUGGUUAUGCUAUCAUGGUGAUCCAGCUUUAUUCCAGACUCUACAGCAUUGUCCUGGCCUGGGCCCUCCUAUACCUCAUCUACUGUUUCAGGGCCACUCUGCCCUGGGCUACCUGCAACAAUCCUUGGAACACAGACAGAUGUGUGGACCUCACAUCUGCAAACUGGACUGCAGUACACAGUGGCAACUUGUCAGUAAAUUGGACCCCUGAAAAUCUCACUAAGUCUUCGGCCUCUGAGUUCUGGGAGAGAGGAGUGUUGUCCAUGUCUGGAGGAAUAGACGAGGUUGGCACAGUGAAAUGGGAGUUGUUGCUGUGUCUCCUGGCCUGCUGGGUGGCUUGUUACUUCUGCAUUUGGAAAGGUGUCCGCUCCACAGGAAAGGUUGUGUAUGUCACGGCGGUGUUCCCCUAUGUAAUGUUGGCCAUCUUGCUGGUCAGGGGGUUGACACUGCCCGGAGCCUGGCAGGGUGUGGUCUAUUACCUUUAUCCAGAACCUUCUCGUCUGGCAGACCUUCAGGUGUGGAUGGAAGCCUGCGCUCAGGUCCUCUUCUCCUAUGGUGUUGCAUCAGGGACCUUAAUCACUAUGGGCAGCUACAACAAAGUAGAGAACAACUGUUACAGGGACAGUUUGUGGUUGUGUAUGCUCAACAGUUGCACCAGCCUCAUUGCUGGGUUUGCGGUCUUCUCAGCUCUGGGUUUCAUGGCUCAGGCUCAGGAAGUUCCCAUCAACAUGGUUGUCGAUUCAGGACCUGGUCUUGCGUUCAUUGCAUUUCCUCAGGCUUUGGCCAUGAUGCCCCUGCCUCAGUUGUGGUCUGUCUGCUUCUUCAUCAUGCUCAUAAUGUUGGGGCUCGACACAGUGUUUGCAGGUUUGGAAACAAUAACAUCAUCAGUGAUUGACAUGUUCCCAGGAAUGAUGCGCGGACCUUGGCGUAGAGAAAUAUUCCUCUUUCUCUUCUGCUCUGUCUGCUUCGUCAUACAGAUCCCUCUCACCACUCAGGGAGGAGUCUAUCUGUUCCAGCUGGUUGAUAACUAUGGUGCUAAUGGAGCAUGCAUUUUAUUUUUGUCUUUCGUCCAGUGUGUGGCUGUUGGGUGGGGCUUUGGUGCUGAGCGAAUGUGUGAUGCAGUUGAGGAGAUGACAGGACAGAGGCCAUGGUUUAUUUUCAUACUGUGUUGGCGUUACUUUACCCCACUGAUCUGCAUGGUUUGCUUCAUCUGUUCCUUUGUGGACUAUCAGCCCCUGACAUUUGGUAACUAUGUGUAUCCUGACUGGGCCUACUAUCUUGGCUGGGUCAUAGCCCUAUCCUCCAUAGUUGUAAUACCUAUCUGGGCUAUUGGCAAGAUUUGCCUCACCAAGGGCUCCCUCAAACAGCGUCUGUUGGUCCUUUGGCAUCCUGUUAGUGACCCUCUUGGUCACAGGUCAAAAGACAUGAAUGAAACAGAGUUGACACCAAUAUCUGCUCCUCUCCCUGACAUGUUGAGUAUUUUUUGAAAGGCUGCCAAAGCAAAAGCACAUCAGAUAAUCGGUGAAAGUACUUGAUACUAUGAAAACAUCCAAACAUUCUUAUAUAUCUUAACAUGAUUGUUCUGUGUGAGCCAGAUAUAGCACUUUGAUAUACUGACGGUGUGCAAUUAUGCAAAUUUAUGCAACUUUAAGUUGCUAUUUUUUACCAUGCUUUUCUGACACUGCUUGUGUAAGUAAAACCUCUUUAUUACAUUACAUUACAUGUCAUUUAGCUGACGCUUUUGUCCAAAGCAACUUACAUUUUUAGUACACUCAAAAUUUAUGAGGGGCCAAUUAGGGGUUCAGUAUCUUGCCAAGGACACUUAGGCAUGUAGAUGGGAAAGAGUGGGAUUCGAACCAGCAACCUUCUAUCCCCUAGGCCACGCUCUCCCAUUAUAGCAAUAUAUAUUAUUUACUCAUCUGCUACAUUUUUGUGUUAUGGUAGUUAUACAUGCAAUUUUCAUGACAACACCGUGGAGUUUUUUUGUUGUUUCUUUUCUGUAUAAUUGAGAAAAACUCACUGUAUGAACCCUAGAUGUUUAGAAAACAUGUAUACAAAUUCCUUCUUCAUGAAACCUUUUGAGUUUGUCUUACAUGGUUUGCAUUUUGGUACCACUCUUUUCUUUUCACAAGUUGUAGAACUGUUUCCACCACCAAUAGUUUAUAAGUGGUAUAGCAUUACACUAUCAGCAGGACUGUUUACUGUUGCCUCAUGGAACCCAGGCUCCUCCUGUCCUCCUUCUGUCUCUAACGCCAGGUUUACACAGGACGUGGAAGUGCUGCGCUGCAGCGCACAGUGUCAAGGAGAGCCAGGUGCCUCCUUUCCGCCCCCGUUACACAAUUGUGCUGUUCACAUGAGCUGUGCCACGCAGCGCCAAUGGCGCCUCGCGCCCUGCACCGAUGGUUCUCCGGUGAGUCAUUUAUUAUCGCUCGCCUUGAGUGUAUCGCAUCAGGAAUCACACUCAAAAAGGAUUUUAAACGAUAUAAAUUACAUAUUUUAUAUGAUAUAAAUAAUCAAAUAUGCAUCCCAUACUUUGUAUUGCCUUUCUGUUGUACUGGAGUAUUAAUUUUCCCCUAUAUUGAAUGGGUUACAUACAACAACUAGAGGAGAAAGCAGAAUCGCGGGCUGACCUGCACGAAGAACUGUGCGUCCCGUGUGAACAGCCAGGCAGCUGCGCGCUUGAGAAUGGCGCUGCGCGGCACUUCUGCGUCCUGUGUAAACCCGGUGUUACAUAAACAUUGACCCAGCUGUCAGACUGCAGAAUAUUGCUGAUCCAUGCUACAUACAUGUAACAAAAUGGCUGAUGGGAAAGAGCGGUUGUACUCUUACCAGAAAAUCCCCAUCUGCAUGCUGAAGUGUCCUUGGGCAAGAUACUGAACCCUGAAUCCCCCUCAUAGAAAAAAAUAGCUGCUCAUAGAUGUGUUACGGCACCAGGCCUAGGGGAAAUCUGGACCAACAGCAAGGGUUACACGGCCCGGCUCCGUCUCCCCAGCUAGCGUUAGCUCGCAGACUAACGCACUCUACCCUCUCCCCGGCUCUGUCGGCGCCGUCUCCCGGGGAGAGGGUGGAGCAAGCUAAUGUUAGCCCGCUGCUGCUAUCCGUCAGACAUCUAAGUGGCCGCAUAAACAUGCCGAUCGUCGAGGCGGAGACCCCUGGAACACCUCUAAACAUUGACUCAACAGUGUGGAAGGAUGCUGCUGCUGCGCCAGCUCCAGCUCCCAUUGGUCCCAUUGCGGGGCUGCGCUGAGGAGCUGGGGCGCUCGCAGCCAGCCUUCGGCCAACCUGACUCUGGUUCAAAACGAUAUGGUUGCAAGAUUGUAUCUUCGUCUCCAGUAGCCAUAUUUCUGCAUAGGUAAUGGAUAGCUAAAAAUCGGGGCGCUUGUAUCUCGUGAAGGAGGGAGGAGGGGUGAGGGAGGCGGGGCACUCAAAACAGGUCAAUCUGAGGAGGGCUAUUUUAGACAGGGUAAAAAGGAUGCUGUUUUAAAUGAUCCUUGUGGUAUUUUGACCAAAAUAUGUUACAGACAUUUCAUAAAGACCCCAAGGAACCAUAUCAACUGUGUUAAAAUGGGCAUACGAUGGGUUCUUUAAGAAGGAGACUAAACUUAGUCUCCUCCCUUCUUAAAUGACUAAGACUAAGUUUAGCGUCUUAACUCACUUUAAUGAAGUGAUUCUCAAACUGAGUGGCGCGCCCCACCGGUGGGGCACGGAGGCAUAACAGUUGGGCUGCGCGACCGGGAGGGGGAAAUGUGAGGCAGAACUAAUACUAUAGUCUAACUAAUGUUUUGACGUCUGCAUCUCUUUAAAAGCAGAGCAGUAAACAAAUCGCUCUUUCGCCGUAGCCAGGGGUCGGCAACCCGCGGCCUCAGCACCCCUGCAGUGGCUCCCUGGACAGUACAGCGAACAGACAGCGCACACACUUAGGCCCCGGGGCGCCGCCCCGCCCCCCCUCACUCGCUCAGAGACACAUGCAGGAGAUCGGAGCUCAUUCACGUGAAGCAGCCGGUCAGGGACAAACAAGAGAUAGUGUUCAAUAACCCAGUUGAAAAGAAAGUACGAUGAAGCCUGUCUUGCUCUUGGGUUCACAGUCAAUGUGGUAGGACAUGAGGAGAGACCAGUGUGUAUUUUAUGUCUGAAAACUCUAUGAGACCCAACAAAAUAAGAAGACACUUAGAAACAUUACACCCCAGUCACAUGCAUGUGUUCUUUUUGGUUGAGCUUUAUCAUCUUAGUAACAAAGUGAUAUAAUUAAAUACAUUUUUUCUCUAUUAUUGAAAAAGUACAGACUGAUGGAGGAAUGUAGUGAUAAAUGUCACCUAGUGUACUUCGAUUACGAAAAAUUUAAGCAAAGUUAUGGCACUAUUUUUUGAAAAAGGGACAAAUGUCACAAAACAUUUUCCGAAUUUUUUUUAUUUGUACAACAGAGAUUCCUGAAAGUAAUGUGGAUUUAAUGUUCAUCUAUAUGUUAUGUAAAUACACAUGUUAAACCUG